AUGCGAAGCUCACUUUAUGAAGAAAAGGACAUCGCUGUUUACAAGAUCCCCUCCGCGGAAGACGAUAACCUUGACACAUCGCUAACAACCGGAGCUACGAAGAGACCGAAAGGAUGGAAACCGAGGAGCCGAGCGAGAUUAGCGACGCGGGAGUACAAGAAAUUCAACAGGAACAUCCCAUGUCACCUGACCCCGAAGAAGACGUCGACGGAGAUCCCG